AUGCAUAAUCUGCUGCUCCACACCCAUCAAUCUCACUUCUUCCUCCUCCUCCAUCCUCCAAUCUCCACCGUCCGUUCCCAGACGCAGGCUUUCCAUUUCCCGCAAUCAAUGGCUCCGGCUAACCUCCGUACGAAUCUCUCCGUGCGCCGGAGCGUAAAGUGUAUGGCGAACCAGAGGCGAGUGAAGAUGGUGGCCAAACAGAUAAUGAGAGAACUCUCCGACAUGCUUCUCACAGACACGGUUUUACAGCACGCCGUGUUGCCCGAAGCUUCACUUGGAGCCGACCGCUAUCUCUCUUCUCUCACCACCAUCAGCGAUGUCGAGGUCUCUAAUGAUUUGCAGGUGGUGAAAGUGUAUGUGUCAGUGUUCGGGGAUGAUAGAGGGAAAGAUGUUGCGAUUGCUGGUUUGAAAUCGAAGUCUAAAUACGUGAGGACUGAGCUUGGGAAGCGAAUGAAGCUGAGAUUGACACCUGAGGUCAGGUUUAUUGAGGAUGAAUCCAUUGAAAGAGGAAGCAGGGUGAUUGCGAUACUGGACAAGAUAAAAGCUGAGAAAGGAAGCGGUGAUGGUGUAAACGAAGAGGGAUCAGAACCAUCUGAAUCAGCAGAGGAUGAUCAAGGUUGGGAUAUGGAUGAUCCUGAAGAAGAAAUCAUCUAUGUAAAGUAA